AUGAGAGCUAAUCACAAAGCUCCUGUAAUAGGGGAGUCCCUCUACCUGUGGGCAGGGAGCCAGGUUGGCUUACCUGCAGUUCAUGACUCCCUUCAAAAGAGGGAACUGACCUCAAGAGUUGAUGUGUACCAGCUUUCUACUGCUGACUGGUCCUCUCACCUAACAAGAGGUACUCCUCCAUUAGGAGUAACUGGCUACUCCUGUACCACCUCUCAUUCUAAUAUUUACUAUUUCGGUGGAGGGUGUGGUCAUGAUGACUGUUACCACAAUACGUUGAAUGUACUGAAUACGAUAAAGAUGGAGUGGACUUCAUGCAGUAAUGCUAAACAGUCGUUGAUGAAGAAAUGUCGUGCUGGAAUGAUAUCACUGGAAUUUAAUGGAGCAGAAUACCUUGUCAUAAUAGGAGGGUUUGGUUCUACACCAACUGUUUACCAUCCUCAGUUUCAAUAUGAUCAACUUAGUGAUGGUGAUGUUCGUACUAAUGAACAGUUACUUUAUAAUGUGUCCACUGGACAAUUCACUGUUCCAUCUGUCAGUGGACAGUGUUGUCCACCAACUAGUAGUUUCAUAAUUGAGAAGAUUACUACUACCGGUAACAGAGGAGUAAUAUUUGGGGGACGAGUGACUGUUAAUGGUGAUGAGAGUACACCUACUAACAGUGUUUACAUAUUCAGUGUGACACAUAGUAUAAUAAACUGGGAGAUACUGAAACCAGGAGCAAUACCUAAUGAGGGACUGUGGCCUAUGGAGAGAGACUCUCAUGCUAGUGCUAUUAUCAAUGUUAGGUCAGUUGAGAGUAUGACACUAGUACUGAUGUAUAUUGAUGAUAGAUUAGUAAUUGUUAGUGUGUUCAGUAGAUAA